AGAAGUGCUGGGAGCAGGGGUCGAGGAGUGAUGAGGAAGUUUGUGUCCUUUGCUGUACCAGUUUGGAAUGGACUUCUUUUUUUUGUUUCCCGACUCCACUGAGAUGGGAUAGACAAGGAGGGGUGCAGUUUGAUUCAGAUACUGCAGACUUUCACAGUUCUUAAUAAAUUUUACUAGGUUUUCUUGAACAGAUGUUUCUUAAUUUCCUCUAUGUUUUUAUACAUAAUUUCCACCAGUUUCAAUGGGGAGCAUGUCCGUGGAGCUCCUCGUGCUGUCACACCAGAAGUGGAAUUCCCUGACCAAUUCUUUACAGUUCUAACCAUGGACCACGAAUUGGUGACAUUCAGGGAUGUGGUCAUCAGCUUCUCUCAGGAGGAGUGGGAAUAUCUGGAUUCUGCUCAGAGGGACUUGUACUGGGAUGUGAUGAUGGAAAAUUACAGCAACUUGGUCUCACUGGAUUUGGAGUCCAAGUACGACCCAAAGACUUUACCUAUAGAGAAGGACAUUAUUGAAAAAAAUGAUUCUCAGUGGGAAGUAAUAGAAAGUAGUACAUCAGUUGGCCUUGAGAACUCCAUUUUCAGAAUUGAUCAGCAAAGCAAAAGGAAGAUUGAAGUACAAAGACCUGAAGUGGGAUAUUUCAGUCAAAUGAAAGUCACCUCUGAAAAAGUGCCCAAGUAUAAAAAUAAUACUUCUCUUACAUUACAUCAAAGAAUCCAUGACAGGGAGAAGCCCUCUGAAUUUAAGGACUAUGGCAAGGUCUUCAGUUGUGACUUAAACCUUGAUGAGUAUGAGAAAAUACAUGCUGCUGAGACCUAUGAGUGUAGUAGAUACUGGAAAACCAUUGGAGUAGAUGACUCACAUGCCCUACAACUGAAUAUUCAUACUGCUGUGAAACCUUGUAAAUAUAUGGAAUGUGGGAAUGCAUUUAGUUUUUAUGAAGACCUUAAUGUACACCAGAAUAUCCAUGAUGAUCAGCAGUGCUACAGAUGUAAGGAAUAUGGAAGGACUUUCAGAAAAUUUGAAGAAAUUACUCCACUUCACAGGAUUUAUGAUGGUGAGAAGCCCUAUGAAUGCACUUUCUGUGGGAAAUCUUUUAGAGUGCAUGCACAACUUACUAGACAUCAGAAAAUCCAUUCUGAUGAGAAACCUUAUAAAUGUAUGGAAUGUGGCAAGGACUUCAGAUUUCAUUCACAGCUAACUGAACAUCAGAGAAUUCAUACUGGUGAGAAACCAUACAAAUGUGUACAAUGUGAGAAGGUCUUUAGAAUUAGUUCACAGCUUAUUGAACAUCAGAGAAUUCAUACAGGUGAGAAACCUUACACAUGUAGAGAAUGUGGGAAGACUUUUGGAGUCUGUAGAGAACUUGCUCGACAUCAGAGAAUUCAUACCGGUAAGAAACCCUAUCAAUGCAAGGCAUGUGGAAAGGUCUUUAGAAAUAGUUCAUCCCUGACUAGACAUCAGAGAAUUCACACUGGUGAGAAGCCCUAUAAAUGUAAGGAAUGUGGGAAAGCUUUUGGAGUAGGUAGUGAACUUACUCGACAUCAGAGAAUUCACAGUGGUCAGAAACCUUACGAGUGUAAAGAGUGUGGGAAGUUCUUUAGACUUACUUCAGCUCUUAUUCAGCAUCAGAGAAUUCAUAGUGGUGAGAAGCCAUAUGAAUGUAAGGUAUGUGGGAAGGCCUUUAGGCACAGCUCUGCGCUUACAGAACAUCAGAGAAUUCACACUGGAGAGAAACCUUAUGAAUGCAAGGCAUGUGGAAAGGCCUUUAGACAUAGUUCUUCCUUUACAAAACAUCAGAAAAUUCAUACUGGUAAGAAACCCUAUGAAUGUAAGGAGUGUGGGAAGGCUUUUAGUGUGGCCAGGCACCUUACUUGAUAUUAAACAAGUUAUACUGAUGAGAAGUAAAGGUCUUUUGUUUCUGAGUUUCACUGGGAAAAAACCUGUGCAUUCAAUAAGAAGCAAUCAAGGAGAUUCACUGUCUCUCAUUAAAUCUGUUUCCAGGCUAUAUGGCCACUCUAGAAGUAGAAUUGUUCAUUCAUAGGAAUAAAUACUUUCACCUUUGUUUCGAUAUCACCAAAUAUUUCUCCUUUUUAUAUCAAUUAACAUUCUGAACAUCCAUUUAUGUAGGAUGGUCCCUAUUAAUCCAUUUCUUAAAUUUGUGGGAAAUGUAUUUCCUAACUAUUAAGUGAGUUAUUGUCACAUGAGUUUCUUGCCCAGGGAUGUUUUGCUUGUAAUUACUUUUGGUGUUCGUGUUUUUGCUCCUUUGUCUAUUCAUUGUUUGGGACUUACGAUUGCUAAUAUCACACAAAUACAUCUUUACAAUUUUUUGCUUGUAAUACAUGGCAUAUUUUUCUUUAGAGAGUUAGAACUCCCAGUCAGCUACUAUGUGGUUUUAAAGUCUGUGGCCCUGCAUGGUGUUUGUGUAGAUUUGUUUGUUUGUUUUCUAUUGAUUGUUCUAAUGGUUGUCAUAAAAUAUUUGAAUUAUUUUUGAAUUUCUAUUUUGUUUUUACACAACAGAUUUCUCUAAAUACCUACUGAAACACAAUUCCUUUUGAGUAGCCUUUUUCACCUCUAGGCAGUAUCAACUGGAAUUCAAAUAAAAUGAGCACUUAAAUAUUUCAUAAAAUAUUUGAAUACAAUCUUAUCAGCCUCUUAAAUUUGUUAAGCAGCUUUAAAGGAGGAGGAAAUCUACAACUACUGCAAUGACCAUAAACUGAUCACUGAACUUACAGUAAGAGUGUUUACAACUCUAUUAUUACCACGGCUUCAAUUGGGUUUUGUAUCUCAGUGUUGUCUGUGUUUUAGCAGCUUAAUAAUCAGUAAAUCUUUGGUUUUAGUAAACUCACCUGAUUCGAGGGAAAAACAAGAAGAGGAAGAAGAAAAUGAGACAGUCAAUAAGGCUGCAAAUCUUAGCUGCCUAUCAGCUCUUUCUUAGGACAGUUGGCCUAGUUAUUUAAUCAAUGUGAUCACAAGCCACUGGUUAUUAUAUUUUUAUAAGAAAAUUUACCUAUUAUAGUUAGAUACAUUUAUGUUACCAUCAUUCAUUAGAUUUUAAUUUUUGAAAUUGGUUUCUUUCCCAGAAUUUAUGACUACUUUCAAGUUUUACAUAGGGAGAAGAGAAUAAUUGUUACUACCCAUCUUUGAAAUAAUUCAACUGUAUUAUAAUUAUUAAUAAUAUUAAAAGCUCACUCUACAUACUGA